GGUUUUGUGGAGAUUCCUUAUCAAAGAUUUUAAAGAUGUUUUUAGGUAAGCUUUUCAUUUGGUCCAUAUCCAGCUGUAAAUAAAAUAGGCACAUAAAUAAUCUUAUCAGAAAUGCAUGGUAACCAACAAAAAAAAAAGCCUAAAACUCUCUUAAAAUGUAUUCUUUACUUCUACAGCCACUUCUCUAGAUUACUUUUAUCAUCCCAAAAAGAUUACAUCAAAGUAUUUGCAGCAGAAAGUUGUGCAUACUUGUUAAGGAAGGUAAAAUUAUAUUUUUUCAAAAUCUCUGUUAUUUUAAAGAUGUGAAGUAAUGUGUUGGUCACCCAAAUAGUUAUAUUUUCCCCCCUGUUUACAAGCAUGUUUUUUUUUUUGUUUUGUUUUUUUAAAGAAAUUAUUAAUUAUAUUCUUAUUUCAGGUGAAAAAGCAGAAUGAAUUGUUAAACUUCUUAUUUGCAUCACUUAAUGAAUCACCUGAAGUGAGUUUAAUUUUCAUAGAUCUAUUAAAAGUUGAAAUAAAUUAUUUUGAUUUUAUCCUAAUAUCUUAGUUAUAUAUCUGUUUGCCUUAUUUUAAAUGUAAUGUCAAAAACAUAUAUAUAAUAUAUAAUAAUAUAUUGCAAAAUUGUUAAAAGAUUUAAGCUAUCAUUAGGUAUUUAUAAUUUCAAUAUUUAAAAUCCAAGUCAUGAACAUUUGAUAUUCUGCUUUGAGAUAGCAAAAUCUUAUCAUAACAAACUUUCAAUUUUAUAAAGUGUAUUGCUGAUUGCCUUUUUUUAUAUGUCAAUAUAUGUCAACAACAUUUUUUUUUUAUGCCUAUUGCAUAUUUCUUUUUAAAUCAAGUUAGCUGAUGGUGUUGGCUUGCUGCUGUUUGAAAUGGUUAAAGGAGUGAAGUUUCACUUUCACACCAUAAGUGAGAAGGUAAAUUGGUAAAAAUCUCUGUACAAUUUUUAUUUUUCUGGUAUAUUAAAAAAAUUGAAACUAAUUGAUUGUUAAAUAGUAAUUUGUCUUUUGAAUCAUGUUUUGAUUAAGGCUUAAAAAGUUAAGAGUUUUCAGUUUUAUGCUAAGGUGUUGUUUUUUUUACUAUAUAAUUAGAUUUGAUACUAUUUUGAAAGGUUUUCCCCCUGAUUCUGUAUAAAUUGGGAAAGUGGAACCCAUUAGAGAAAAAGCAAAUUCGACUACCCAAAAAUCUAGUGGAGCAAUCUGUUACUAUUUUCAUGCAAGAAUGUGCAGAACAUACCACAAAAGAAAAUUGCAAGGAGCUUUGGAGGCAAUUACUGGUAAGAUCUUAUUUAUUAAUUUUUUUUUUUUUACCGUUUGAAUUAUGUUUACUAUACUCUGCUUUAACAAUUUAAACCAUAUCAUUCACUUUUUUAUCAGACCAAUGCCACCUUUAUUUAAUUAUAGGACUGUAUUAUUCAAGUUCACUCAGCCAGCAUAAGUCAAACAUCCAGUGAAGAUGUCGGAAACAGUAAGCAAUCACUCAGUCUAGUCAAACACCUGUGCAGAUUGCUACGCCUUGUUUCAGUCUGGCUGUCCCACAAUUCUGGAAAAAUAGUGACAGACCCAGAACAAGUUGCUUCUGUAAGUAGUUUUUUUUUUCCAUUUCUUCAUUCUAAAAUUUUAGAUUAAAAAAAAAAAAAUGUUUUUUAAAACAGAUAACAGUGAAGCUGUUUAGGAUAAUAUUCGGUCUUAUGUUGUAUACAUAUCAUUUUGGUGAUGCUAACAACUUUUUAUUUUUAAAAAUGUGUCAUUAAAGGGAAUUUUCGUUUACAAUUUUGUUAUCUAAUAAGAGAUCCAGGCAGUUUGAAAAUUCAAGUUUUCAACAAAGACAUGUUAUAAUAUAUUGAUAACAGUAACAAGAUUUAGAGUAUGGUAAAAUUUAUUUAAUUUUUUUAAAAUUAUUGCUUUGUUCACAGACGCUUUGUGUUCUUUUGAAAUCGCCAAUGAACCCAGAAGUUAUUGGUUCCGAC